CUCGUGACGAGCGAUAUUCAUUCAGUUUAGUCAUCGUGAAGCAUUCAAGCCGGUCGCACGGAAAACGAGAGGAAAUAUUUCUGAAAUAUCUCUGAAAAUAUUUCUGAUUAUUUUUUUAAUUUUAAGUAAAAGUAGAAAAAAAGGAACUUGACUUCAUAAUUGCAUGUGAAGUGCUGUUGAGGACUAGAAGUCGUUACCAACAACUUAAUUGCAUUCGUUAAGAACUGUCGCGGUGAAAAAAAAACUUUUCUCAUCUCAACAAUUUUUUUAAAGUUUGAAAAAAAGGAAAAGAAUUAAAUUCUUGCCGUACAGGAAGAAUUAAAAGAAAAAUUGUGUGUUUAUUUAGUGGAUGCUGCUGCUUCAUAUGAAUAAAAUAAAAAUGUAAAUGAAGUAGAGUAAAAAUAGCAGAAAUAACAACAAAAGGCAAACGAAAUCACCGUGAAUAAGAAGGCAGCUUAUAUAAAAAAAGCAAUAUUAUUGUUUGUGUACACACAAUCUUCAAUAUUAUUAUCAGGUCUUCAGCUGCUCUUUUUUUCUAGCAAAGGAAAACAAGAGGAAGAAACGAGAAAAACUUAUUGCAAAUAUUUGACAUCUAUCCAUAAUCAUGAAGCUUUCUAAGGAAUUGAAUUUCAUUUGUUUUCUUUUGGUAUUUUGUUUUGUAAAUUCACAACAAAUGCAUCAACAGCAACAGCAACAACAAAAGCCAAAUCAUCAACAGCGACACCAUGGCAGACGAAUUCAACAGAAUUCAAAAGUACGCCGCAUUUAUGCAAUGUGUCCACCUUCAUUCACAAAAAUUGGAAAUGAAUGCUAUCAUCUGUCAUCAGCUAAGGCAAGCUGGCUUGAUUCACAUUUUGAGUGUAAAGAUAAAAAUGCAAAGCUUGCAGAGCCUUUAAAAUAUUCUGAUCGUUUACUACGCAAAUAUCUCAUGCAACGAGGAAGAACGCGCGGUGAUAUUUGGAUUGGAGGCAUGUACAAUUGGCAACGAAAUAAAUGGCAGUGGGGUUACAAUGGAAAAGACAUGACUUAUCAAUCAUUCAGUCAGAUGAAGCCUGGCGAGGAUCUUAAAUAUCAUUGUUCAAUUCUUAAUCCAGAAUUAAAGUACAGAUGGUCGGCAAAAUUAUGCUUUGAGAAGCAUUAUUAUCUGUGCCAGCAUCGUAUGCCGUAUGUGAGUGAAAAGAAUCGACAACGAAUUUAUACAAGAUGGAAUGAAACAUUCCCUGGGCAAAUGGCUAAUGAAAUUCAGGUUUAUGUAACAUCACCAAAUGGAAAUCGAAGAGAAAUGCAACAACGUAGUGGAGGCAAUACGAGACGUCCUACGGUAACAAGACAACAGAAAAAGGUACCACAGAAUCAGACGUCGAGAAAUCAAGGCGGACAAAGGAAUAAUCAAUUACCAGUAGACACACGUCGUAUAAGUAAUGAGAUAAAUCCACCAGAAAUUGUAUCAACACAAGAUGCACAGUUGCGACGUAAGAAGCAGCAAAAGGACAAAAGUAAGGAAAGUCGAACAUCCAAGCUCACAGGGGAUGUCGAUUUGGGUAGAAACUUUUUAAAGAAGAAUAUGAAUAAGCAGUCAAAGAGCCGUAGAAGACAAGAAUCAAGAGCAUCGACAGUACCAAUAGUCACAACAUCAACAACAACCACCGAGUCUCCAAAUUCAAUUUCACAAAUUUAUCCAGUAAAUCCACAUAGACACAAUCAUUACAAUAGUAAUAAUAACGAUGAUGAUGAUGCAAACAAUCGACGUAUUGAUAAAAGUAGUAGACCUGAAGAUACAUAUCGUAAUCAACAAUCAUAUUCAACAGUAUCAACAAUGAUAGUAAACAGUGGAAAUAUUAACAAUACAACGACAGAAUUGCCAGCCUCAAAGCUGAUUGACAAGAAAAAGCGUUUAGACAACAUUCGCGAGAAGCUUUCAAGAUUAACGGAACAGGAAAAAAUGGAAUUUGUAAAAUUGAAGGCACAACGGAAGGCUCAGCGAAAUAAUAAAAGCAUCAACGACACCACAUCCUAAACUGUUCAAAAUCAUAUUUACGAGAUGAUAAUAAAAAAAAAGUACGAGACGUAGAAAGAGGGAAAGAAUGAAAAGCUUUUGGUUUUAAAAGGAAUUUAUCAAACAAAUCCUUUUCUUCUUCUUUAUCUAACUAGCGACACAGCACACACACACACAAAAUAAAAUAAAAUAAAAAUGAAUUGGGAAUGUUAAGGGAUCUGAUGCUCGAGGGAUAGGAAAUGUUUUUUUAGCAUAAGAAAUUAAUUCAACAAAAUGAAAAUAAAAUUUAAAGUAGCGUGCAAAGCACGGUUUUAGGUGGAUAAAUUAUUAUGUCGUUGGGAAAUCCUCAACUUCAAAGUGAUGAUUUAGUGACGAUUUUUUUAUUCCUCCGUCUGAUUUUUAAGCAAUUUUCUAAAUACUUUUAAAGUAAAAUUGAAACUCAUCGAAAUUGUUUAAAACUGAAAAUCUGGCAGAAGUUUUUGUCUCAAUCUAUAAAAUGAAAAUGCUGAUGAUUGAAAAAUGCAAAUUAAAUUCAUAUGGUGGAAGUUCUUUUCAAAUUAGACGAGAAAGUUUGAUAACAAAAAGCAUCGAAGGUUCAUUUAGCUUUGCUAGAACUGCCAAUUAGAGUUGAAAAACAUUUAUUUUUAGACUUGCAAGCACUUGAGCAACUUUUUUGACUUGGAAAAUUGAAGAAUUGGAAGUUUCCUCUUGUUUGCUGUUAAUUUUGCUAGUCAACUGCCUUAAAAUUGUAAUUUUGAUUUAUUUUGGAAGUUUAGAGUUUGAGGUAUGUCUUCGAAACUGAACUGCCAUUUAGAGACUCAUUUAAUGGUACACGAAGUAAUCAGUUUGGUUUAUCAAGAAGAGGUCCUAUCCCUAACUCUACUAGACACCCGAAUUGACACUUGACAUAAUUGUUUUGAUAAUAACAAGUCCUAUGGAUCUAGACCUGCCUAGAUUCUUUUAUUGUCGACCUAAGGUCUAGUUCUAGGCAAUAAUGUCAACUGCCUACUUGGGACAGUAACAAAAAUCAUUCAAGUAAUGCUUUCUUGUCGAACUUUCUCGCCAAAUUUUGACAAGCAUCCAACCAUUAACAUCUUUUAAUCAAUCAGCCAUACCAUAAAGAGCAUUAGCGAAUUGAUAACACGGACAGGAACUAAUCAUAAUAAUUAUCCCUCAAAAUUUCCUUCCUUAAUUAUUUAUGAAUGCGUGACAUCGAAAACAAUAAAGUUUUCACAUCAUCUCAUUUCCUUUAUAACAUUGUUAAGUGAUUAAAUUAAGGGAGUAAAAUAAUCUUAAGUUUAUUUGCCUCCCAACCUCCUGUAUGCUUUUGUAAAUAAUCUCUCAAUAAUUCUACCUUUAAUACUUUACUUCCUUCCUUCCUUCCUUUCUUUUUUCUCAUACAGAGACUGUCAGGAAAAAUUAUUUUUCGUUAAUGAAUCGCUAAGCUGAUUGCAUUAAGCGAGAAACUUUAUUUUUUCUUUAUCCUUCUUGAUGAUGGGAAAAAUAAAAGUUUUAUGUUUUUAAAUACUUUCAUUCAUUACACCUAACACAGCAGUAGUUAUGAAGCAGAAACUUUAGAAACUCUUGUAAUUACUUAAGCUUAAGCCACUUUUAAUUCAUUCUUUAGCUGCACACCUCACAUGUAACUUUGCUAAAUAAUAAUGGAAAGUAAAAGAAUACUUAUAAGUGAAUUGGGGUUGUUUGUAAGUGAUGUCUAUCAAUAUGAAAGCUACAGCUGCCGUGUUUUGGAAUAGAAACUUCAAAAACUAUAUUAUCAAAGACAUUCAAAAUCGUUGGAUGUUAUAUGUGGCCGAAUCUUACUCUACGUCAUUCACAAAUGGCGUCUUUGUAUCAAGAAAGAUCGUCUAUAAAGCUAUGAGCUGCAAAACGUGUGAAAAACAGCUCCAAUUCGAAAUAGGUCCUUAAUAAAUGAAGUCCAUUAGAAAUGGGAUUUUAAAGACCAUCAUUGACAUUUAAAACAUCCCAUAGAUCCCUAUUAAACGUCAUUUACGAACGAUACCCCCUAAAAAGUAUUUCCCUGCUUACUUCCUUUCUCAUUUACUAAUGAAAUUAGUAAUUAAAUUAAUUAAUUUCACUACCAAGAAUUAUUUUUAUUAUUUUUGUCAUGAAUCAAAGAUAUUUUUUAAAGAUGCAAGAAACAAGAAGUAUGUAAUAGUAAUGUAUAAUUAAGUUAAAGUAUAAAACUUUGAAAACCAUGUUAUCCACAUAGAUGCUUUUAUGCUUUAAUACUAAAAUAUUUGAUUGAAAAUAGAAUUGAAAUAAACAUAAAAGGAUA